AUGAUGGCCAUGAACAGUAAGCAGCCUUUCAGCAUGCACCCCAUCCUCCAGGAGCCCAAGUACAGCCUGCACUCCAGCUCAGAGGCUAUGCGCAGGGUCUGCCUUCAGACCCCUCAGCUCCAGGGCAAUAUAUUUGGAGGCUUUGAUGAGAGUCUACUGGCCCGUGCUGAAGCUCUGGCGGCUGUGGAUAUUGUCUCACACGGCAAAAACCAUCCCUUCAAACCAGACGUGACCUACCAUACCAUGAGCAGUGUCCCCUGUACAUCUACCUCUUCUACAGUGCCCAUCUCCCAUCCCUCCAGCUUGACCACUCACCCUCACCACUCAGUGCACCAAUGCCUGGAAGGGGACCUCCUAGACCACAUAUCUCCAACCUUGACUGUCAGUGGCAUGGGGACAACUGACCACUCGGUGAUGUCCUCCCAGAUCCAUCCACACCACCUAGGAGCCAUGGGACACCUCCACCAGGCUAUGGGCAUGGGCCAUCCCCACUCUGUGUCUUCUCACAAUGGCAUGUCCUGCAUAAACGACGUGGAGUCGGAUCCUAGAGAGUUGGAGGCUUUUGCCGAGAGGUUCAAGCAGAGGAGGAUAAAACUUGGGGUGACCCAAGCAGAUGUUGGAGCAGCCUUGGCCAACCUCAAGAUUCCAGGCGUGGGUUCUCUAAGCCAGAGCACCAUCUGCAGGUUUGAGUCUUUGACCUUGUCCCACAACAACAUGAUAGCCCUCAAACCUGUCCUUCAGGCUUGGUUAGAAGAAGCUGAGGCCGCUUACAGGGAGAAGAACUCCAAGCCGGAGCUCUUCAACGGGAGUGAACGGAAGCGCAAACGCACCUCCAUCGCCGCCCCCGAGAAGCGUUCGCUGGAAGCCUACUUCUCCAUCCAGCCCAGACCUUCAUCCGAGAAAAUUGCAGCCAUUGCCGAGAAACUGGACCUUAAAAAGAACGUGGUGCGGGUCUGG